AUGGCAACUAACUCCGGCUGUCCCUUGGACAGCGACAAUGGAUUUGGACCUCACAUUGACUUCAACUGUCGCAAUUUUGAUUUCACGCUUCUUUUUGAAGAUGUGAUCUUCCAUAUUGUUCCUUCAGCAGUACUUCUCCUCCUGAUUCCCUUCCGAAUAUAUUUCAUUCGGCAGACGCCGGUGAAAGUGGCGACUUACAAACUUGCCUUGUGGAAAUUGGCUCUUUUGAGCGUUUUAACCAUUUUGCACCUCGGUUUCAUCGUCAUUCGUACCGAAUCUUUGGCCUUGCGCACGUCGGUUUCUUUGACAGCAGGGAUCCUCAACUUCAUCGCCGUUUUGGCCACAGCUUUCCACUCAUUCCUGGAAGAUCAACGCUCCACUCGACCUUCCGACUUGAUCAUUCUCUACUUCUCAGCAUCCGCUAUCCUCUCGUUGCCGCGCCUCAGGACACUAUGGCUUAUUCCCGGUGACGCACCGUCAAAAGCUCUAUGGACUGCGAUCAUCAUUCUCACGAUCCUAGUCGUUCCCCUGGAGUCCAUCGGCAAGAAAAGGUUUUUGCGAACCAUGUACCAGUCUCUCACCAAAGAAGAGGAGACCGGCUUCUGGGGCCGCAGCUUCUUCACCUGGCUUCUGCCUUUCUUCAGGCUUGGGUACUCGCGGGUCAUACACAUCCAGGACAUGCCGGAAGUCGACAAAGAUCUAGCUGGGAAAACGGCGGGGUCGAGCCUGGAAGCAGCGUGGUCGAAGCGCAAAGGCGAGAAGUACCAUGCCUUGAUUUGGUCAGGCUUUUACGCCUAUCGCGGAACCCUCGUUGCUGGCGUCAUUACACGUCUUUUCCUUAGUGCAUUUACAUUUUGCCAGCCGUUCCUCAUCACGGCGACCGUAAGCUACAUGCAGACGCCCAAGACACCAGAGUCUGAGAGGUACGGGCAAGCACUCGUCGGAGCAUACGUGCUCACAUAUCUCGGCCUGGCAGUUUCGCGAGCGGCAUCUUCCCGCCAGCAGUACCGCUUCACGACGAUGCUCCGAGCAGGGCUGAUGUCGAUGGUCUUCAAACAGACCAUAUCUCUAAAAGCAAAUGACUUGAAAGACAGCGCUGCGGUUACUUUGAUGGGCACCGACAUUGAACGCAUCGUGCUUACGUUUAACAACCUCCACCAGGUUUGGGCAGCUAUUUUGGAGGUCAGCAUCGCCAUCUUUUUAUUACAGCGCCAGAUCGCCGCCGCAUCCGUAGUACCUGUUGUCAUUUCUAUCGUGUGUGCUCUCGGUGUCAUUCCCAUCUCCAAAACCAUUGGCAGGGCUCAAACGGUAUGGAUUGAACGCUUGCAAAAGAGAGUGGCUGCAACCGCCUCAGUGUUGGGCGAUGUGAAGGCUAUCAAAAUGCUGGGUCUUUCAGAUGUGCUAUCCACAGCCAUAUCAGAGCUGCGACGUAUAGAACUGAAGAGCUCUGAGAAGUUUCGCAAGUUGCUCCUCGCUCAAAUUCUUGUCUCAAACCUUCCCGUCGAGUUUGCGCCGUUCGCAACCUUUGUCAUCUACAGCAUCAUCGCACUCAUCACCAAAGAUCAAACGCUGACGACGACGAAUGCCUUUACCGCCCUGUCUUUGAUCAGUCUCUUGACAGAACCACUCUUGUUGUUCUGCCAAUUCGUGCCUAGCAUCGUGCAGGGUAUGGCUUGCUUCCAACGAAUUGAGACGUUCUGUCUCAAGGAAUCCGAACCACCAUCAAACGAACAAUGCUUGGUUCCGAGUUACUCCUCAGGCAACUCCUUGAAUAGGGCAAGCAUCGAGCUCGCAAAUCUCCCAGAACACGCGACAACAAGUGGAAUGAUAGCCUCGUUCCGUAACGCCAAGAUCUCAUGGUCGCCUGGUUCUGUUGCAGUCUUUCAAGAUCUUUCCUUGGAUAUAAAGCAAGGAAUAACCAUGGUUGUCGGCCCUGUGGGCUGCGGAAAGUCGUGCCUCAUGGAAAGUAUUCUCAAAGAGACAGCACUAGGUGCUGGAAUCAGACAAUGUGCGGCACGCGAAAUUGCCUACUGCGCGCAAACCCCGUGGAUGAUGAAUGACACGGUGAGACGAAACAUCACUGGAGGCCUGGAUCAUGAUCCGAAAUGGUUCGACCAAGUUUUGUGGCUAUGCGCCUUGACUGAGGAUGUUAGGGGCAUGCCCGGCGGAGAGCUCUACAACAUCGGUAGCAAUGGUGUCGGAUUGAGUGGGGGACAACGGCAACGUGUGUCACUUGCUCGUUCUGUCUACUCUAGACAUCGCGUUGUGGUACUAGACGACGUCUUGAGCGGCCUCGACUCCAAAACUGUCAGCCAGAUCUCAAGUCGCCUCUUCAGCGAAGACGGCCAUUUUCGCCGUAACGAGAUCUCCGUCAUUCUUGCGACUCAUACUAGCGUAAUUCUCCGAUAUGCAGAUGAAGUUAUCGUUCUCGCCGAUAGCGAUGUCCAAAGUCAAGGCCCAUACGAACAGGUCCUUGCUAACUCGUCUGAGUUAAUCACAAGAUCAAGAUUGGCAGAGGUUCAGAACUUCACACGCGGUGAGGAGUCAGAACAGAAGGAUGAGCCUGUGAAACCCAUACAUAUUCAAAGGACCCUGGACGCCAAAGAAGACAGACUGCGUCAGAAUGGCUCCUGGUCAGUUUACAAGUACUACUUUGAGCGCGCUGGUUGGAUAGUGGUUGGCUUAUUCAUUUUGGCUACUUUUACCGAGGCAUUCUGCAGUGGUUUUACCAAUAUAUGGUUCCAGUGGUGGGUCGAAGCGAAUGAGAAACAGCCAAACGACAAUCUCGGCAUGUAUCUUGGAGUUUACGCUCUCCUGUUCGCGAUGGCCUGCAUUGGACUUUCCGCGGAAUGCUGGCUUCUUUUUAUACGCAUCAUAAACUCGACAGCUAUGAGCUUGCAUGGUGAUCUACUCCACACAACUUUGAGAGCACCCCUCAGCUUCUUCCAGUCCACCGACACAGGUUCGAUAACCAACAGAUUCAGCCAAGAUCUCAACCUCAUUGACGUGACCCUUCCAUCGAAUGCUAUCAACUUCGCUUCAAAUGCUUGCGCUUGUAUCGUCAAGCUUGCAUUACUGUGUGUUAUGGGCAAGUAUUUGGCGACAUCCGUGCCUCUGCUAGUAGGUGUGCUCUUCUUCGUUCAAAGAUUCUAUUUACGCACCUCUCGCCAAGUACGCCUCCUUGACAUCGAGGCGAAGGCCCCAAUCUACACCCACUUCCUCGAAACACUCAAGGGCGUCGCUACUAUCCGUGCUUAUAGAUGGCAAGAGAACUUUGAGGAUCAGGCGACAAAGCUUCUGGACAUCUCACAAAAGCCCCAUUACAUGCUGGCGUGCAUUCAACAGUGGCUCGCGCUCAUCCUUGACCUUGUUGUCGGUGCUCUGGCGCUGAUCAUUGUUGCAAUGGCAACAUCCAUCACCACCAAGUUUUCUCCUGGUGCGAUUGGUGUUGCGAUGGUCCUGGUUCUGGGGUUCAAUAAUUCGCUCGCGACGACAAUCAAGAAUUGGACUGCUUUGGAAACCUCCAUCGGCGCUGUGGCUAGAGUAAGAGAGUUUGCUCAAACAACGCCUUUCGAGGACCGUGAAUUAGGAAGCUUGGGUGUUCCUCCAGCUGAAUGGCCAAUGCAGGGACGCAUCAACUUUGAGAAUGUCACUGCGAGAUACACAAAAGACGGAGACGCAACGCUUAAGAACUUGACACUAUCAGUGUCCUCCGGUCAAAAGAUUGCAGUUUGCGGACCGUCAGGCAGCGGCAAGACAUCAUUUGUACUCGCACUCCUUCAAAUGAUAGAAGUCACUGAAGGAAAGAUUCUCAUCGAUGGCAUCGAUCUCGCGGGUCUGGAAAGAGAAGAAGUACGUUCACGGAUCAACGUCAUACCUCAGGAGCCAUUCUUCGUUCCGGGCAGCGUUCGCUUCAAUUUGGAUCCGCACUCCCGUGAAAGCAGCGAGAACAUCAAAGCAGCUCUCGAUAAAGUCGGCCUUCUCGGGAAGAUCGGCAUGGCAGGUGGUCUGGAUAGCGAGCUAGACGCCGAUGGUUUCUCGGCAGGGGAAAGACAGCUGCUAGCCUUGACGCGAGCCUUGAUCGAAAAGAGUCAGAUUUUGAUACUAGACGAGGCUACCAGCAGCGUCGACCAAGAUACCGAAGAUAAGAUGCAGCGAAUCAUUGAAGAAGAGUUCGCGCAUCGGACUGUGAUAUCUGUUAUACACCGUCUUAGAUUCAUAGAAAAGUACGAAAGGGUUCUUCUCUUGAAGCAAGGAGAAGUUGUGGAGUGGGAUACCGCCCAAACUUUACUCGAGACAGAGUCCGAGUUCAAGAAGCUUUUUGCGGCUACACAAACUUGA